AAUUACGAAAAAUAUUCGAAAUACGUCAGCUGUGCCUUAUCACAAUAAUUUAACACUCUCGUGGUUUUUACACUCAUUUUAUUUUGCUAAAUUUACUAAAUUCCUUUAGGGAAAUCAAGUUUAUUGCUUAUCAAAGUACUUCUACAUAAUCUUAAGAAUCAAAAUGAUGCUAUCAAAGGCAAUUGAGACGUCUGGAAGGCAAUUUUCCCGGCUCCUAGGUGUUCCUAUACGCUGUAGUUCACAUUUCGUCUACACACCAGAUGCUAGAGCACCUGAUGUACCAGGAACAAAGACAAAGAUGAACAUGUUUACGGCUAUAAACAAUGCUUUAGAUUUGGCAAUGGAGAAGGAUUCAUCGGCUUUGCUGUUCGGGGAAGAUGUGGCAUUUGGCGGGGUGUUUAGGUGUUCAAUGGGUCUGCAGAAGAAGUAUGGGAAAAAUAGGGUAUUUAAUACACCUCUCUGUGAGCAAGGAAUUGCAGGAUUUGCCAUUGGAGCAUCCAAUGUUGGUGCCACGGCAAUUGCUGAACUUCAAUUUGCUGACUACAUGUUUCCUGCCUUUGAUCAGAUUGUCAAUGAGGCAGCUAAAUAUCGUUAUCGGAGUGGAAAUCUUUUCAAUUGUGGUUCCUUGACUAUCCGAGCACCCUGCGGGGCUGUCGGACAUGGAGCACUCUAUCAUUCUCAGAGUCCUGAAGCUUACUUUGCUCAUACUCCAGGCCUCAAGAUUGUCGUGCCUAGAGGUCCAAUUAAGGCGAAAGGUCUGCUACUGGCUAGCAUUGCUGACAAGGAUCCGUGCAUCGUGCUGGAACCAAAGACACUGUACAGAGCGUCUGUAGAGGAAGUUCCAGAUGCUUAUUUUGAGUCUCCCAUUGGCAAGGCAGACGUUUUGCAGAAUGGUAGCGAUAUUACGUUAAUUGGCUGGGGAACACAAAUCCAUGUACUGACGGAAGUGGCUGGUAUGGCCAAGAAGCAGCUAGGAGUGAAUUGCGAAGUGAUCGAUUUAGUGUCAAUUUUACCCUGGGAUAAGCAAACAGUCUGCAAUUCCGUGAAGAAGACAGGAAGGGCAGUUAUUGCUCAUGAAGCGCCAUUGACUUGUGGCUUUGGAGCAGAAAUGGCAGCUGCAAUUCAGGAGGAAUGCUUUUUGCAUUUGGAAGCACCAAUUCAGCGAGUCACUGGAUGGGAUACACCAUUUCCUCAUGUCUUUGAACCCUUCUACAUCCCAGACAAAUUUCGCUGUUUCGAUGCCAUUCGCAAGGCCAUUGACUACUAAUCACGUCGAGGAGGCGGCUUCCGCACGGAAUGGUAACUGAUGCAUUUAUUUUCUUCUUGUUCUACAAAUCGUUGAUGAAAAUAAUCACGUGGUUUUUUUGUUAAAA